AUGUUGCUAACAUCGUAUUUACCUGUAGACACAGUAAUUUUAUUAUCUGUCUUAAUUUUUCUUACCUACAAGUAUUUAUCAAGAAAUUUUAAACACUGGGAAAAGAGAAAUGUUUCCUUCAUCAAACCAAGUCCAUUUUUUGGCAAUUUUCGCGAAAUUUCACUUUUCAGAACAACUAUAGGCGAACAUUUAGCUAAAUUAUACAAUCAGACUAAAGAACCCUUUUUUGGAAUAUUCGUUUUUGACAAACCCCACUUAAUAAUCAGAAGCCCAGAGUUAGUAAAAGCAAUUCUAGUGCGCGAUUUUAACAAUUUCGAUGACAGAAAUGUCGCUUCUGCUCCACACGACCUAUUAGUUUCUAAUAUGCUUUUCUUAAACAAAAACCCGGAAUGGAAAACUAUUCGUGUAAAAAUGACUCCUGUUUUCACUACUGGUAAGCUCAAGGGCAUGCUGCCCCUCAUUAACGAAGUAGGUGAAACAAUGAAAAAGUACAUCGAAAAUAUAAUUCCACACGUUUCGGUGGAGGCGAAAGAAAUUUGCGCAAAAUAUUCGACCGACGUCAUAGCCAAGUGUGCAUUCGCGAUAAAUGCGAACUGUUUUAAAAGAGAUGAUGCUGAAUUUAGGAAAAUUGGUCGUCUGAUUUUUGAUUUUCGAUGGGCCACGGCGAUACAGCAAACUUCGUAUUUUUUCUUGCCAGGGUUGGUGAAACUUUUUCGAUUAAAUUUCAUGGACGCUAGAGCGAGCAAUUUUCUUCGUGAUACGUUUUGGCAGGCCAUUAAGCUUAGACAAGGGAGGAUGCAGAAGGCUAACGAUGUCAUCGAUGCUAUCAUUGAUAUGAAGGAAAAUGAAGAAUUUUGCAAAAGUAAUAAUUUUGAGGGUGAUAAAGUGGUGGCUCAAGCGGCCCAGUUCUUCGUUGCCGGUUUUGAAACAACAAGUUCUACAAUGGGUUUUACAUUAUAUGAACUUUGUCUCCAUCCCGGUAUUCAGCAACGAUUGAGGAAGGAAAUUAAAACGUGUCUUCAACAACAUGGAGGAUUUACUUAUGAGGCCAUCCAGAGCAUGAAGUAUUUGCAUAUGUGUGUUUGUGAAACGUUAAGAAAAUACCCAGUGUUGCCAUUCUUGGACCGAAGAUGUAAAGAAGACUACCAAAUACCCGAUAGCAACGUUGUAAUCGAAAAAGGAACUCCUGUGUUCAUUCCAAUGUUUGGACUUCAUUAUGAUGAAAAAUAUUUCCCAGAUCCACAGAAAUACGAUCCUGAACGAUUUUCCGAUGAAAAUAUAAAAAAAGUGACUCCUUUCAGCUACAUUCCUUUUGGAGAAGGUCCAAGAAAUUGUAUUGGUGAAAGAUUCGGAAUGCUGGGUACUAAAUUAGGCUUGAUUCAUAUUUUAUCGGAAUUCGAAGUGGAGAAAACACACGAUACUCCAGAACCUCUACAAUUUGAAGCUAAAAGUCUUGUUCUAGCCUCGAAAGUAGGUCUACCUAUGAAGUUCAGAAAAUCAUUUACAUCUGCUGCUUAGAAUAUGUGAUGAUGGUAUUCAUUCUGUGAAUGUUAUGAUAUUAAUUUGUAGAUUAAUAAACAGCAUUGCAAACCUC